UCGCGCAUCGCGACUGCCAAGCACGGGGACGCGUCGGUUCGUUGCUUACCCUGCGUAAGCUGCCAAAUAAUCUUUUCCAGCUCGACUACAUAUCAACACUACGUCCCCGGAAUCCUGGCCAUGGCCCCGAUUCAAAGAAAAUCCGGAGUCAAGAAAGCACGGCAAUUCCUCACUGGCGCAGUCCCCCGCGAAGACUCGGACGAUGAACUCGGCUAUGAAGACCAUCCGUGGGAAUGGCUGUACGAAGAUGCAAGUCAGGGAUCGCCGGAACAGAAUACAACACCAAGGAAAAGAAAAGCUGCACCUGCCUUGGGAACUCGGCGCAUUGUUGGGGCGCAAAUGGGAAGCUUCGUCUGCAGGCAGGGCGACACUGUAUUGUUGAAGGCAGAGGGCAACCAGGCAUGGGUGGGCAUCGUCUGCGAGCUCUUUGAGGAUGAGGAAGAGGGCGAGAAGAUGGCGAAAUUCAUGUGGUUUCUUUCUGAGAAGGAGAUUCAAAACAAGAGCACCAAACGAACCGAUUUCCUGCCAAAUGAGUUGUACAUAUCACCAGCGUACGAUAACAAUCCCCUCACUACCAUCAAUGGAACCGCAAAGAUCGUAUCACUCGACGAAUUCCAGCGACUACACCCAACCGGACAAGUCAAGAAGAAUUCAAAGGACUAUGGCAAGAUUUUUGUAUGCAGAAGAGGAUGUAACGCACGCACUACAUCAUACACCCCUGAAUUCAAUUGGGAGCAGAUAUAUAAGGGUAUAGAUGACAUUGAUGCUCUCAUGAACUUGGUGGAGACCCAGACCAAAGCAACCCGCAAGCGUGGUCGACCACGCAAACAGGCAGAAGAGGAUUUUGUGGUACCGGAUUCAGAUGACGAUGGUGUACCGAAGACACCGAAAAAGCGACGUAAGAUGGGCGAUGCCACCACACCGACCUCCAGAAAAAGUCCCGGUACACGCAAAUUCUUGACUCCCACGCACAAACGUAUCGUAGUCAAGAAAGCCCUCGAAUUCACUCCACUCGGCACCCGCGUCCUGUCCCCCGCUGCUAUAUCGUCCCCCUUCCAAAUCGCUCGCAACCAACUACAUGUCUCAUCCGUCCCUGCCGCGCUACCUUGUCGCGAAGAAGAAUUCUCUACUGUAUACAGCCACUUGGAAGCGGCCAUCACAGAUGGAUCAGGAUCCUGCAUUUAUAUCUCCGGUACCCCUGGCACGGGAAAAACAGCUACCGUACGAGAAGUCGUUGCACAGCUGCAUGCCUCAGUACAGGCAGAAGAGUUGGACGACUUUAUCUUCAUGGAGAUCAAUGGCAUGAAGGUGACUGAUCCUCACCAGUCAUACUCUUUGCUAUGGGAAGCAUUGCGAGGAGAUCGCGUCAGCCCAUCGCAUGCACUGGAACUUCUGGAGCGGGAGUUUUCUACGCCAAGCCCAAGACGAGUGCCUUGCGUGGUCUUAAUGGACGAAUUGGACCAACUCGUUACUAAGAACCAGUCUGUAAUGUACAACUUCUUCAACUGGCCAGGUCUGCGUCACAGUAGGUUGAUCGUUCUCGCCGUCGCAAACACUAUGGAUCUGCCCGAACGAACAUUGAGCAACAAAAUCAGCAGUCGUCUCGGCCUCACGCGUAUCACUUUCCCGGGGUAUACGCAUGACCAACUCAUGUCGAUUAUACAAUCCCGGUUAGAAGGAGUGCCUGGAAACAUUGUGCAUCCCGACGCUGUACAGUUCGCUGCCCGUAAAGUUGCAGCAGUCAGUGGUGACGCUCGACGCGCCCUGGACAUAUGUAGGCGCGCCGUUGAAAUCGCAGAGACUGAGGCUGUCGUGCGAGAUGGCGAAGGAGAUCAGGACCAACCCCCAACCCCGAGUCGAACCGGUCGCAACCAGGGCCAGAAAGGCGGUGCGUCUUCCAGUGGCACCGGUGAACCGGGAAGUAUAUUACAAAAACGUGCGAACCCCGCCAGCAGGAAGGGCGUGGUCACAAUAGCGACGAUCAAACAGGCUAUCAACGAGGCCACGAGCAGCCCCCUGCAGCAUGCCUUGCGUGCCUUGCCGCUGGUCUCCAAGGUGCUUCUGGGGGCGCUCUUGGCGCGCAUACGCCGGACAGGCAUUGGUGAAGCAGUCAUCGGGGAUGUUGUAGAUGAAGUGAAGAGGCUAGGCUUGAUGAGCCAGCUGCAGCCAGUGCAUGACUAUCUACUCACCACAAAUGAGAGGGACGAAGAGGGGCUGAACCAUACGAACUCUUCAGCCCGCGUUGCACGAGAUUCGACACCCCUCAAAUCGAAAGACAGCGCAUUGAGGCAGACGGGAAGCAAAGCAGCCAGACCAGUAGGCGUUGCCUCUGCAGCAGCCGAACUCGCACAGGCAGGAAUCAUUGGUAUCGAAGCUCGGCAUGGAGAACGUGUCGGACGGAUACGACUGGGUGUUACCGAGGAGGAGGUGCGGCUCGCGUUGGGAGAUGACGUCGAAGUCAAAGGACUGGGGUUCUCAUCGUAG